GCCCGCAAAGCCCUUUCCCGUCGAUGCCUGUCACAUACUCACAUGGCUCACAGUUCGUAAAUUAUUUAUAGCUUUGUGUUUUCGCGAGAGGGAGGCAAAUGAGUCUAUUCGAACAAGCAUUUCGCUGGUUACCACUCUAGCAAGCACGCUAGGAAAAAUAUUCUGACAUGUUCGCUUAACCCGGACUAGAAUUCAUCUUGCAGUGAUAUAAACACUCUCUCAGUAUGCCCGGUAAGACGAGGAAACCUACAAUUCAGGAGAAACUCAAACAAAACAUUGAAUUUUUAGAUGCUUUGCUAGCGGAUUUACAAGCAAGUAGUCCCGCAGCAGUGGGAACAAGAACUCAAGCGACAAACGGCCGAGGAAGUCCCGAGUCCCCUCCACCGCCACUGCCUCCACCGCCUGAUUUUGAUGCUCUAGAACAGGAUAAUUCCCACCACCACCAUCACGGCAAGGAAGAGCUCCCUCCACCUCCUCCUCUUCCCGAUUUAACAACCCCUAGUAAUACGACUAGUACCGUACUAGCGGCAAACCUCUCGGAACUGGACAGUUUGUUGGAAGAUCUAGGGAAACCCCAGUACCCUAGCACUGAAUCGCCAACUAAGGCAAGAAUAAGCAACCCAUCACCAAGGGCAAGUGAUGUACCUCAACGAGUGGUGGCAAAUGGUCGCCCUAGCAACACAAGACCCUCAGUUGAUGCAAUGCUUAGUGAUUUGGAUAGCCAUGUCAUGUCACCCCCUCCAACAUCGCCUCACCACCAAACAUCCAAACCAAUGCAGGCUUCAGUUGCCCAGGUCCACCAGCCUAUGCACAGCCAGGCGCAAUACCACAACCCUGGCCCUGCCAAUGGUACACCAGGACGGACUGCAUCUACAGCCACUAAAGAAUUGGAUGACUUGAUGGCAUCUUUGUCAGACUUCAAGGUCAAUGUGAGUGGGGCCCAAAGCCCGACCCUAGUAACCCAGGUUAGCCAUGUGAGCCAAGUCAACCAGGGUGGUCCAGCAAGGCACAGCGGAGAUUAUGCCAAGCCACAGAAGCAGAAGACCCCUAGUGGGUCAGCAGCUCCAUCUGUCGGCAAAGUGAGUCAGCUUGACAACAUGCUAGGCUCCCUUCAAUCAGACAUGACCAGGCAGGGGGUCAGCACGACCAAGAAAGGCAUGUGUGCGGCCUGCAAUAAGCCCAUCAUCGGUCAAGUCUGUACAGCUCUUGGUAAGACUUGGCAUCCUGAGCACUUUGCCUGUGUCGCCUGUGAGGCCCCCCUGGGAACACAGAACUUCUUUGAGCGUGACGGCAAGCCAUACUGUGAGAGAGACUACCAUGAUACGUUUGCCCCGCGAUGUGCCUAUUGUAAUGGGCCUAUACUGGAUUCUUGCGUAACCGCGCUUGACCAGACAUGGCACCCUAAGCACUUCGUAUGUGCUGAGUGCGGCAACCCGUUCGGGGAUACGGGAUUCCACGAGCGGGACGGGAAGCCCUUCUGCCGGGGGGACUACUACGCCAUGUUUGCACCCCGCUGCGGUGGGUGCGGUCAGCCGAUUAUGGAUAAUUAUAUCUCCGCGUUGAGCGCCCAUUGGCACGCCGAGUGCUUCAUUUGCACGGAAUGUAGACAGCCAUUCCCAGGCGGCAGCUUCUUCGACCACGAUGGCCGUCCCUACUGCGAAAUGCACUACCACGCCAAGAGGGGUACCCUGUGUUACAGCUGCCAGAAGCCAAUCACUGGCCGAUGCAUCACCGCCAUGCACCGGAAGUUUCACCCGGAGCACUUCGUCUGCGCCUUCUGCCUCAAGCAACUGAAUAAAGGCACCUUCAAGGAGCAGAACGAUAAGCCUUACUGCCAUCCAUGCUUUGUCAAGCUUUUCGGCUAGAGUUAGUUAGCUUGCAGGCAUAUGGUGAUUGUUAUAGCAGUUCGGGAACCAUGUGGUACGAAAACGAAUCAAAGGGAUCCCAAACCUCGAAAACUUACAUUUUGAGAUAACCUUACAAACGCGAUCAGUCCGGUAUGACUUUACUGGCGAUUCCAAGAAAUAAUUAAAAAAAACUAUGAGGUAAACCAAAAUUUUGAAUGUAUGUUACGAAAGCCUUAUUAUUGAUGACUAUUAAAUUUUCAUUAGGAACUUGAUAAUUUCUUUUCUUGAAUUGUAAGCCUGAAAACAACUAACUGCCUUAAAAUUCUGUUUAAAAAAUCUGACGAUGCGUACAUAGUGUAGCAAGUUGAGUAUUCUAGAAGAAAUGAGCUGCAAAGCAAGCGCUAUAAAUAGUUUUGGGAGGGCAAGUAGUGAAAUUAGGUAGCCAAACACUGGCAACACGGCGAGUGGUGUGGCCUAGAGUUGGGAACCUUGCAUCGAGUUUUAUUAACCAGUACCCGUCUCCGAUGACAAAAACUGGGUCGUCGGAGAAAGAAACAAAGCAUGCAUAGCCGAGACGUUUAGACAGAUUAGAUUUUUUGAUUUUGUAAAGCUAUUUUAGAAAGAAAAUGUUAAAAAUACUAUGCUUAAAAUACCAUUGUAAGAUCCUACUAGUUUCGGUUUCAAAUUGAAGAAAAUUAAAAAUUCCAUUUAAGAUUUGAA